UGCUGAACCUCGUUUUAGAACCACAAUAUUCAGCACUGACUAUAAAAAUAUCACUUUUCAACCAGUAUUAACUGAAAUGGGUAUCUGUUACACUUUCAGUGGAACAAUAACAAAUUACUUAACACCUAAUAGUAAACUCCAAAACAUAAAUUCCAACUCUCCAACACCAUCGUGUAACUUUCUCAACUCAUUAUGUUACGCAAGAGCAGAAUACCUACCUCGGAGUGUUUUGUAUUACGUGCAUUACCCAAAGGAAGUACCAAAUAUAGUAGACAAAUAUUAUUCGGUGCAAGAGAACAUGGAACGAGAUACUACGUUCACGUUUUGGGAGAUGACAUCUGCUCCUGAACUGAGACGGUUAAGCCCGUCGCAACGUCGAUGUCGUUUCAUGGACGAACCAAUGGACAACACAAUACCCGUUUACAGUUACAACGUGUGUAGGAUGAUAUGCAGAAGAAAUCUGGCUCUGAAGAUGUGCAAGUGCACUCCGCACUUUUACCCGUACCCAGGUACAAUGAAAGUUUGCAAUAUCGAAGGGCUCCAUUGUUUGUCGAUGCAUAGCAAUAUGUUGAUAACAUUAGAAAAAAAUGACGGGACACCGAUCGACUGCAAUUGCCAGAUGCAGUGCGAGGAAGUUAAACUGUUUUUGGACAGGAAUUCAAAGAGGACAUGGGCGUAUCCAGUGCCGUGGGACAUCCGUUACCGCUGGGCCGUUGACAAAUAUAGUAAGACACGAUUGCGCCGCGACGUCAUUUACAGCUUUGAAGAUUUAUUGGUUUCCCUCGGAGGCACGGCGUCAUUUUUUCUCGGUUGCAGCGUUCUGUCUUUCAUCGAAAUCGGAUACUAUCUCACACUAAGACUGUAUUGGUUUGUCAAUCGAAAACACAAUGAUUAAUUGUACCUAUUUAAUAGCAACACUGUCGUCUGCUGGAGUCAUAACCUCAUAUAUUAAGCAGAAACUAUACACAUCAUUUUUUCAUUUUUUUAUUUGUUGCAAUAUUGUAAUGAUACCUAAAUGUAUAUAAACUAUGUAUAUGUAUGUAAAUAUAUUUUUUCAUUAUACUUUAGAUUCAUAACGAACCGAUGAAAUUAUUGAUUUUACAAUGAUAUUAUGUAAUUUUUUAUGCUUACACCACCUGUUGGAAAAGUAAAAAUGCUUUA